AUGACAUACCGGAUAAAGUACAGCGUAACUUCGCUUGGGGAAAACGGUGGUCGGCCAACUCACCGCAUGAUCGGUUAUAUCGGCCAUGGUGCCAUUUCUGCCGUUCGUCCAGUGGCUUCCAUACAGGAUGAGGGCCCGAAGGCUGAGGCUCAUGAUGCCGCAUCCGAGGUGCUCCGCUCCGUCCAUUGCGGGGCCGCGGGGUGCAUCCAUGUCUCGGAGAGUUUGCUCCGGUGGGGGAAGCUUCCAGCAGACGUCGGGAGAAGCGGGAUUGGCUUGGCUUUAUGCCUGGUGCUUGGGUAA